AUGUAUGUGUUCACUGAUACAAGAAAAUUCUGCACCUUAUCAACUCCUACAGUGCAUUCCAUUCAGCAAAAUCAAACCCAUAUAAACUCCCAUCCUUGUCGGCCGGUCAUGAUGAACGGGCAAUUGGUUCCACCCCACCUGGCCCAGGGACAGCUUUCCAUGCAACAUGUGGUACCUUCCAUGCCCGCACGACACGGACCUAUGCAACACCCAAUGCAGGACAUGGAGGAAAUCAAUACUAAAGUCCUUGCUCAACGGAUAAGUGCGGAACUGAAAAGAUACAGUAUACCGCAAGCUGUAUUCGCUCAGCGCGUACUUUGUCGCAGCCAAGGUACCUUGUCAGAUCUCCUUCGCAACCCGAAACCGUGGAGCAAAUUAAAAUCCGGUCGAGAAACAUUUCGUCGGAUGUGGAAAUGGCUUCAAGAACCAGAAUUCCAACGGAUGUCCGCCUUGCGUCUGGCUGGUAGGUACCAAUGA